AUUGUAUACGGUAAGGUAGCGGGCCUCCUGGGCAGCAUGUGGGUGUGGGAAGAGGAAAGCAGCCCAGACUGCGGGGCGAGCAGGCGGAGGGAGCUGCUGGGCUGCGCCUGCAAUCGGUGCGUUGCCCCUUUAAUUGUGUCCCCAGCCCUCGGGCGUCUCUGUCCAACGCCCACGUCAGCAAAUACCUUUUGUUUCUCUCACGUUCGGGCUGCCAGGGCUCGGGGCUGCGCGACCAGCACGGCGCCGUGAGCCGCAGCGAGCCCCGAGCGGGGGCCGGGACCCCGCAUCCUCCGCCUGCUCCUCCCGGCCGAGCGGCAGCCGCCCGCGGAACCCAGCCGAGCAAGAUUUCCUGUUACUCCCUCACUGGAAUGGAGAUUUCUUCCCAUCAGUUUCACCUCCUAGAGCAGUUAAAUGAGCAACGGAAGCAAGACUUAUUUUGCGACUGCAGUAUCCUGGUGGAGGGGAAGGUCUUCAAAGCACAUCGAAAUGUCCUGUUUGCCAGUAGUGGAUAUUUCAAAAUGCUGCUUUCACAGAGUUCCAAAACGAGUCAGCCAACAAUAGCUACUUUUGAGGUCUUCUCUCCAGAGACAUUUAUGGUUAUCCUGGACUUUGUGUAUUCAGGCAUAUUGCCUUUAACCGGUCAAAAUGUGAUCGAAGUCAUGUCAGCUGCUAGCUAUCUGCAGAUGACAGAUAUUCUUAAUGUCUGCAAGACAUUCAUUAAAUCCUCUCUGGAUAUUAAUGAAAAGGAAAAGGAUCAAUACCUUAGCCUUUCAGCCAAAAGUACCAACAGUGAACCUGCUCAUCCAACUCUUUAUCGGUCGAGGAGAAAAGCAAAGAGCAACCCAAGGCGUUCCUAUUCAAUUCCAGAUGAAAAGGCUAAUAUGGUGAAUGAAAACUCAUGGAGUAGUUACAGCAGCUACCUGUCUUCGCAGGUGAUUCUUCAGCGGGCAGAAACACAGCUAUCAAAGAGGGGCAGAAAACAGAGCUCAACGAGAAAGCGCCGAAAGCAUCUAGGAUUGUCCCAGACACGUGAUGUUGGGCAGUACAAAUCAAACAAAGCCGAGCGGGCUGGCGAGGGUUGUAAUGCAGCAGACUCUAGCCACCUCCCUCGGGCUAGAGAGGAAGCUGAAUUUGAUGCUGAGAACGAUGUUGAUCAUGAUGAUUAUGGAUAUAAUCACGAAUCAGAAGUAAUACCGAAGAGGUGGUCUGUUGCUCAGCUAGAACAAGAACUUUCGCGAACUUCUCCUGAGUUCAUGGAAUUAAAAGCAGAAGAACUGUACACCUCAGUGCCCACAGUUUUAGGUGUUAUGAGUAGUUGGAAUGAAGAUGACCUACCUCGGAUGCGAUUCAAGUGCCCCUUCUGUACGCACACCGUAAAACGACGCGCAGACCUGAAGCGACAUCUUCGGUGUCACACAGGGGAGCGACCGUACCCGUGCGAAGCGUGUGGGAAGAGAUUCACUCGACUGGAGCAUUUACGUAACCACUUCCAAACGAUACAUCAAGCCGGCAAACUUAUCUGCAGAAAAUGCAAGCGGCACGUAACUGACCUAACAGGAUGUGUUGUUCAGCAAGGAACAAGACGCUACAGACUGUGCCAUAAGUGUCUAGCAGAAGCUAAUUUUGACAGCAACCCUGACGAUUUAGAUGCAGAACAUUCUCCUGUCACCCCCACAGGAAACAAACAUUCCAGUUGGGCUUUGGAAGAGGAACACAAAUCAGAUGAUGAAACAGUGGAGGAAGAACCGUAUAACUUGGUUGUCCGACGUGUUAAUGAUGAUACUCCGAAUGAGGCAGAUGAAAAGGUGAAACCAAAUCUUAGGUAGAUAUAUUUGUAUAUUUGUUAUUGCUGUAUUCAAGAUUAAAUUACUUGUGUUCUACCAAC